UGAGUGGUGACAAUAAUGUAUGGGAUGAAAGAAAUGUGGGCAACUGCAUUUAUGAGGGACAAAUUCUUUGCAGGCAUAAGAACCACGUCAAUGUGUGAAGGGAUCAAUUCAUUCAUCAAGAGCUAUGUUCAAUGUAAAAACAGUUUGAUUGAUUUCAUUCAUAAUUUUGAGAGGGCUGUGAAGGAGUACCGACACAAUGAGUUAGUUGCUGAUUUUAACACAAUGUAUACAGAACCUUUGCCCACUACUUCCCUUGGUUAUAUUGAGCGAGGUUUCUCCCAUAAAUUGACAAGGAGCAUGUUCAAUGAAGUUAAAACUCAGAUUCAAUAUGUGGGUGGCUUAAAUAUUAUCCAAAGGACUGAGGUCAAUGAUGUGGUGAUGGUGAAGAUGAACAAGGCUUUGUAUGAAAGGCGUGAGUAUGUGGUGUUAUAUGACAAGAAUUCUUCAAAGUUUGUGUGUGAUUGUGGUCACUUUGAGUAUUAUGGAAUUCCUUGUUCUCACAUGAUAUGUGCAAUGAGAAAUGAGAGACUGGCUGAAGUUCCUGAUAGUCUUAUUUGUAAACGGUGGUCAAGGACGGCUAAGGUGGACUACAUGAAUCAGAUUAAUGACACUGUUACUGGCAAUGAUUCAAAGAAAUUGGCGAUGUUAAGGAGGGGUGUGCUUUCUGCUGCUUGCAACAUACUAAGUGAAAUAGCUUGUGAGAAUGUGAAUGAUUUCUCUCAAGUCUUGCAGGACAUAUAUAAGUUGGCUGACAGUGUUCAAAGGCGUAGGGUGGGAAACAAAACCAUCCGCACUGGACCAUUCUUGAUUGGUGAUCCCACUGUGGUGAUCACAAAGGGGCGCAAGAAGAAAGGUGGGAAAAAGACAAGGUUAUGCUCAAGAUGCAGAAUGCCUGGUCAUACAAUUCGCACAUGCCCGGAAAUGCGUGAAGGUCAAGGAGUUGGUUCCCACGACACUGCUAUGAGUGAUUCAUCUGUGGAGCUUGAUGAUGUUGAUGAGGUAUUGCCAUAUAAUGUAACUAUGCCUGGAGUCUCCUCACUUGAAGUUGCUGGAAAAGGCAAAGGCAAGGAUCAGAGUGUUAACGAAGCUUGUUCUCAAGAUUUGAAUUAUCCUUUUAUGACUCCUUUGACCCAGGAGUAUUUUCAUCCUGGAAUGAACAUCAUGGAUGGGUUCACUUUGCCAUCAUACCCUGGGAUUCGCAUAUGUGAACCUGGAUCUUCUACACAAGUCCCAACUGUAAGUGUGAAUGUGUUCUUGAAAGGGAUUAAAUUUUGUCUGCCAAGAUUAUGUUUUCAGAUUUUGUAACCAAUGUUGGCAAAAUCUAUAGCAAAAUCGCAAAAUCCUAAGAUUUUACGAUUUUGCAGCACUGUUCCGAUUCAAAUUGCAUGCAAAAUCUUUUUUUGGUGGAAUCCCGUAGAAUCUUAGAUUUUAAUCGUAAAAUCGUAAAAUCCUAUUGAAUCUUACGAUUCUAGUAUUUUUUUAAUUUUUGAAGCUGAUUCCUAAAAUUGGGGAAACUAGAGAGUUUUUUUACUUUGUGGAAAAAACAACCCACCACCCAGCAUUUAGGGGAUUUCAAAAUUGAAGCUCUAAUUGAUUGUAGUUGCCA